CAUACCUCAGUUCGUUUAGUUUCUCUGAAUGUUGGUUUUGUUUUCUGUGCUGUGAGUUGCCUCCUGUCGGUAGAGGAACAAAUAAAGGGAAGGUCGAAAGUAGGGCAACCACAUCAGCAACGGAAAGAAAGCGGUUAAAACAAUUACAAUUGUCAGCGACAUGGCAGCGACGGGUUUGCGAGCCUCCUAUCACCAGCUAAUGAACAAAAUCGAGUUUAUUUUGCCGGCCAAGCUGAGACCCUUUUACAACCACCCGGCAGGUCCGAGAACAGUUUUCUUCUGGGCCCCUGUAAUGAAAUGGGGCUUGGUAAUUGCAGGGUUAGCAGACAUGACCCGGCCGGCAGAAAAACUCAGUACCUCACAGUCUGCAGUGUUGACCGCCACAGGUUUAGUUUGGUCCAGAUACUCUCUGGUCAUUAUUCCAAAGAACUGGAGCCUAUUUGCCGUUAACUUCUUUCUGGGCUGUGCCGGAGGAUCCCAGCUUUACCGUAUCUGGCAAUAUGACCGGGAGCUUAAAGCAAAAGAAAAACAACAAAAAGAAAUGGAGUCUCUUCAGUCAUGAGUGAAAAUGAAUCCUGAUCCAGGGAUUGAAAGGGAGCUAGGUUAAAUAGACUAUGUAACACAAUUUUUGUUCCUGGGUAGUAAGUGUUAUUUCCUAAUUGCUUAUGCCUCAAAAGUAUAGAAA